CGCUUGGAAGUUUUUGGUUGACGCGACGCACGCGACCGCGAUGGUGACCGAGAAGGAUGUCAAGGUGAAAGUAGGCAUUCUCAAGCGGUCGAAGAAAGACCUGGCGUACUACGAGAAGGAGAAGGGCAAGCAGAUCCAAAAGAUUGAAGCCAUGCGUGCCGACAAAGACAAGUACGACGACCACGACAUUCGGAAGCAAGAAGAAGUGCUCGCAGAAACGGAAGCCAUGCUGCCCGAAAGCACGGCUCGCCUUCUUGCAAUCCAGCAAGAAGUUGAAACGAUGCUGCAACAAGUGCCGGAGGGCUCCGAAUGGCCUUGCAUCGACGAGGCCAAGGAACUCUUGGCCGCCAACGCAUGAACACUCGUCCUUCCAACACGAUAACAAGAGUCUUUCUUUAUCGCAGAAGUUCUCCAUCCUUGCG